AUGGACCCCGUGAGUCUCAUGGAUCGACCUGUUGAGCUGAGACAUGAUUAUGAAGAGGAUUUCGCAGACGAAGCCUCGGAGGACUAUGGCAGCGAUUCGAAGCAAUCGCAGGCUGACGAGUCGGAUCAGAGCGAUCAUGAGAGUCACGAUAAGGCCGUUGAUUCUGCAUCAGAGCAUGAAGAAGCUCUUCCUCUUCACGACAUCAGCUUCGGCGUCCUAGCAAAAGCGCAGGAAACAUUGAGUCCCCACCAGCGAAAACGAAAGCUCGCAGAGACGCUUCAAGAAUCAGUUCCGGGUUCUGGCGAGCGCACAGCCCAGGAUACCUUCGAUACGCGGAAAAGAUCGAAAGAAACUCGCGUUGACGCUCCAAAGCGGUCGUCGAAGCAUGCCCCAACCAUCGAGUCCGCCCGCAAACCAGUCUCGCGGAAGAGAACCAUUUUCGAACCUCCAGCGGCGCAAAAAUUUCGAGACCCACGCUUUGAUCCAACCGCCGCGGAGAUUCUAGACUUGAAAUCACAAAUCAAGAAGGUAAAAGACCCUCAUGUUAUAGCUGACUUGAAGCGGCAAGUCAUGUCUAUGGAGGCCAAGGUCCGCAAUGCGGAAUCUCGACAAAAGGAAGAAACAAUCGAGAAACGUCACAAGGAGGAAGAGAAGGAAGCUCUUCGUACUGGCCAGAAAUCAAGACCUUACUACCUCAAAGAGGCGGAUGUUAAGAAAAGAGUUAAAGAGGAGAGGCUACAGAGUAUAAGCAAAGGAGCUCGUGAUAAAGCCGAGAAAAGGAGAAUGAAGCGGGAAAAGGGCAAAGAGGCCAGAGACAUGCCUAGGGUGAGACGUGAAAGAUGA